AUGAGCACAGCUGGCCGCCUUGCGGCCCUGUUGGGCUUCCUCCUGAUCGGAGCGUCGUUCGUUUUGCAGCUUGUGAACUCGGUCUCGCUUCCGUACAUUAAAGGACUGUACUUUAUGAAACUAAUUGCCGGGGCCGGCCAAGAGUUGCUGCCUAUAUCGGCCGGUUUUACUGGUCUGGCAGCGGGUGCUGCGCUGCUUGCCAUGUGCUCCAACUCGUUGCUGUUCACACUCGCUGCUUUCUGGGCUGCGCUGCUCUCGAUCGCUACUCUAGUCAUUGAGCUGAUCAUGUUCAUCAAGGGCCGCGAUACUCUCCGGGAUCAGCUUUCUUCGGCUAAUUACGUCGAAUCGACCGAUGUGUCGUUCGGCCCCGCGCUCUGGCUCCAGGUCGCCGCGACGGCCGCCGUGAUUGUCGGUUUCUUCUUCAUCGCCCUUGCCUGGUCGAUGAACCGGCCCACGCACGACGAGAGUCGGACGUACGAAACGCCGCUUCCCACCUACCAGAAGCAGGACGACUUCUACGACUACAGCACGCCCCACCACAACAUCGGCCGUGGCUACGACGACUAUGGUCCUAGCCAAAUCUACGCCGACCCUACCCCUGCCCCUGCCCCGGCACCCGCCCCGGCACCCGCGCCGGUUGCGUCGACUGGCAUGGGCCGUGCUUACGACACCUCGAUGCCGUACGAUUCGGCUCUGACGCCGGCGCCCAACCGCCAGUCCAUGGUCUACGACCCCGCGCACGCCGGCAGCGUGCCUGCGAAGCGGAGCUCGCGGAACAUCGAGGAUGACCGCCGCCACAGCCGCCACAGCAGCAGCCACCACCACGGUGGCCACUCCCGCCGUCACAGCGGCCGGUCACAUGCCCGCGAGAGCCGCGCGGACCUCCUUCCCCACAAGAGCUCAGGCGAUUACGAUUACGAAUAUGACGUGCCUUCGCGCCGCAAGAGCCGCGAGGUGCGCCGUCGCAGCCAUGACCCUUACCUGGACGUGGACCAAUACGAGAUGGACGCGGCGCCCCGCCGCAGCUCGCGGCUCUACCCGCAGGACGACGACACCGACUUCUACGCUGCGGACCCUCGGCGCAACUCGUCGGGCCAGCGCUGGAAGCGGUAUAGCGACCGCGGCGCGUUCUAG